AUGCCUUUCCUUGAAACCUAUUGGGCCAGCAACCUCCAACGUAUCAAGAAACAAAACAAUAUAGAGGAUAGAAGCGCGAGUUUUAACUUUGUCAAUUGGCUUUCAUUGAAUAACAGUAUAAUAGAGGAGAAGACCAAUAUCUCUGAAAAAAAGAUACUCCAGCUUGCAAAUAAAAGAAGAAAGAUCCAUAGUGAUCUUCACCUCCAAGCAGACGAGGCAGUGGUUUCUCUCUUAGUUACUAGCUCUACCGGUUUCACUUCUGAUAAAGUCGGUCCGUCUGGCCCAUCAGCUCAACUUGCUCAAUCUACCAGGCAAGAAAGUGCAGAGAGAGUCGACCAAUUACACAAGCAAGACCUACUCUAUUACAAUAUCCUUGACUUUGUAGCCACUCCACCAGACGCUUCCCUCAAGAUGCUUCUCUGUGAUAAGUAUACAACUUUCAUGGAGCACACGAAGAGUCUCGACAUGUCCCCUGAAGAUAUUACGGAGGAUGUUGAUAUGUUAAUAACGGUAGACGAUGAUAAUAUUUACAAAUUAUGUGAUAAUGCUGUAAAGGGUUUUAAGCUGAUGAUGAAACAUAUUAUAUCACAACGUGUGAAUAAGCAUUUUGCUGGUUUAUCUUCUGUGAAGCUUUAUGGUAUUCAAAUAUACAAGAAUGAGAUGUUUGCCUGUAGUUUAACAAACCCUAUUGUCAACCGAUAUAUGUUCGCUCUUGAUAUGAAAUUUAGUUUACCAACAGCACCACGUCUUCUCUCCCAGUCGUUCCCCAGAUUUAUACAAAAUGUUUGGAAAUAA